AUUGAAUAUGAUACAUAAAAGUAGUACUAUGACAUACAAACCACAUUCACCUAGAACACUUUUAUUUGACUAGUGAACGCACGUGCUACACAUGUGAGAAGUAAACAACAACACUAUAUCAUCGAGUAUUCAGCCAUAUAUCAAGGAAUCACAAUGGACAAGAGAAGGAAGAAGAAGUUCCACAAGAAGAGGGAAGAAAAGGAUGAAAAGAGCAUGACAAGAGUUUUAAGGGAAGAAUCAGAGAUCAAUGAGCUGGAGCAGAAGAAAUUAGAAAUGGCAGAGGUUAACCCCGAUGAAAUUGACAGUUUUGCCAAGUUUCCCCUGAGCAAAUACACUCUCAUAGGCCUCAAGCAUAAUGGCUUCACAGUACCAACGAAGGUUCAGCGACAGACUCUAGUAUAUUCUCUCCGUAGCAUGGACGUGGUAGGAGCAGCCAAGACAGGGUCAGGAAAAACAUUAGCCUUUAUAAUACCUCUUUUAGAAAAUUUAUAUGCAAAGAAAUGGUCAAGUGUAGAUGGUUUGGGCGCAUUGAUCAUCACCCCAACACGAGAACUGGCCUAUCAAAUAUUUGAAGUCUUAAAGAAUGUUGGAAAAAGUCAUGACUUCUCAGCUGGUCUUAUUAUAGGUGGAAAGGACCUGAAGUAUGAGUGGAACCUGAUCAGUGGAUGCAACAUCCUGAUUUGCACACCAGGUCGCCUCCUCCACCACAUGUUAGAAAACCCAGAUUUCAGCUGUGAAUAUGUUCAGAUGCUUGUCCUUGAUGAAGCAGAUCAAUGCUUGUCCAUGGGGUUUGCUGACACAAUGAAUUGCAUUCUUGAAGAGUUGCCGGAGGACAGACAGACAAUGCUCUUUUCUGCAACACAAACUAGGGACGUCAAGGAUCUGAUUCGGGCAGGAUGCAAAAAUCCAGUGUUUUGCUCUGUUCAUGAAUUUUCUAAAACAGCGACACCAAGAGGUCUUGUAGAAAGUUAUAUUGUUUGUAAAUGUGAAGAAAAAUUUACUUUCCUGUGGUCAUUUAUCAGACAUCAUAGGAAAAAUAAAAUUCUUGUCUUUAUGUCAACAUGUAAACAGGCAAAAUACAUGUUUGAUAUAUAUUGUAAACUUAAUGCAGGAGUGCCUGUGUUGUGCUUGCAUGGAGGUAUGAACCAGUUAAGAAGGCUGGCUGUAUAUGACAUUUUCUGUCAGAAAGAAAAUGUUGUUCUCUUUGCAACAGAUCUUGCAUCCAGAGGAUUAGAUAUACCAGCCGUGGAUUGGGUAGUACAGAUGGACUGUCCUGAAGACGUCACAACAUACAUCCACCGUGUUGGAAGAACGGCUCGAUAUGCUAACUCAGGAGAAGCUGUUUUAGUACUCACACCCCAUGAAGAGGAACCAAUGAUUGCCAAUUUGAAAACAAAAAAUAUUGAAGUUGAUAGAAUUGAGGUGGACACAUCCAAGAUGAGCAGCAUCCACACCAAGAUGGAGAUCCUCUUGAGCAAAAACAACGAGCUGAAGGAGGAAUCCGUUCGGGCAUUUAAGGCCUAUGUGAAAAGUGUUACUCUUAUGAAGGAUAAGAAGGUGUUUAAUGUCGACUCAAUAGAUAUAGACGCCUAUGCCAGGUCUUUUAUUACUCUCACUGUGAUUCUCAUCAUUACCCCAAUUAUUGACACUGCAGAUGACAUUGACGAGGAGGACUUCUUAACAAGCACCAAGAAAGAACAAGCUGAAAUUGGACAGGAGGAGGAGUCAGAAUCUGCCUCAUUCCCAGAAGACCUUCUUGUUGUCAGUUCUAAGAAAAAGCCACUGACCAAGCAAGCUGUCGUCAAGAAGCUAAUGAAGAAGAACAUUGUCCUCAACACCAAAAUUGUGUUCGAUGAAGAGGGCACGGAGGUGAAGAAUCCCGAGAAACAGCAGACAUCAGUGGUUGCUCAGAAGCUAGAGGAUCAAAAGAGUGGAAUCAAUAUUACACAACUGCAAGAGAUCAUGAAGCAAGAAGAUGUGAUCGACAGAAAACUUGAAGCAAGCAAAAAGAAGGAACAGAAAGAAAUUAAGAAAAGAAAAGAGAAGGCUAAAAAUGCUGAAGAAAAAGUUGAAGUUGAAGAUAUGGUGGAGGAAGGAGACGAAGAGAGUGAUGUUGAUGAAGGGACUCAGAAUAUCAUCGACUCCCUUCCUGACCCUGACAAGGUUUACAGUCGUAAAAAGAGAGACUCAGAUUCAGACGACGAGGCUUCUAAAAAGAGCAGUGAUGAAAGUGAUGACGGGAGUGGUGCUGCUGAAAGUAGUGAAGAUGAUAGCAGUAGUGAAGAAAGUGAACCAGAAAAGAAAGUCAAAAUAAGUGGCAAAAGAAAAGCUCGCAUGAAGCUCAAAGAAGCAAAGAAAGCAAAAAUGGUUCAGAGUAACACCCUGACCAGUCUUCCAGUUGAAGAAAAGGAGCAGUUAGCAUUAUUCUUGCUAAGAGGAGGAAGGAAAUGAAAAAUGUAAAUAUAACUAUACAAAUAUAUAUAGUAUGGAAA